AUGCCCGGCACACAUCUCCUCCCCCCUAACCUCCUCAAAUUAUUCGCUCCUAGGCCCCCUCUUCCCUACAAGAGGCCUGUCGACAGGGACCCGGGUCGUAUUAGGCCCAAGCAUGUCAGCGGUGUGGCCGAAAUACUUUCUAAGCUGAAGGAAGCCUCCGACAACACCCUCAUCAAUGGCGACGGAGGCGAAGGGAUGGAAGAAGGCGAGGAGCCCACGUUUACCCUCGCAGAAGAAACAAAAAGGCAAAUGCGGAGGGAAGAGCGCAGGAAGCGCAGAACCGAGGACUUCAAGGUGGCCAAAGAAAACUACAAACCUGCGGAUGACGCAGAGGCUAUUGGGGACCCGUACAAGACAUUGUUCAUCUCUCGGCUGCAUAAGGCGGCUACGGAAAGUGAUCUUCGCCGCGAGUUUGAGAGCUAUGGAACCAUAGAACGCGUCAGAAUCGUGCGCAACAAGAAUGGCCGAAGCCGUGGUUACGCUUUUAUAGUAUACGAACGAGAACGUGACAUGAAGGGUACGCACACCCACUAG